AUGUCAGAUGUCAGAAAAAACCAUUGCGCUACGGAGGCUCUGAGGAAGUUCAAAGACACUCUGCCGUCUGCACUGGAGAGAAAAAGAGGGGAACCACUCGGAGCGCACAGACAGGUGAAUGUGACUCUGGAUCCAGACACGGCUCAUCCCAUCCUCGUCCUGUCUGAGGAUCGGAAAAGUGUGAGACGGGGAAACGCAUGGCAGCGACUGCCCAACAACCCUGAGAGAUUUGACACUGCGCCCUGUGUGCUGGGCUGUGAGGGAUUCACCUCGGGGAGACAUUGCUGGGAGGUGGAGGUGGGGGAUGGGAGAUGCUGGGCUGUGGGGGUGGCCAGAGCGUCUGUGGGGAAGAAGGGACAGAUCAGCCGUAGCCCUGAGGGGGGGAUCUGGAGUGUGGAGCGGCACUGGCAGGGUCACUUCCAGGCUCUCACCUCCCCAGUGACCCCCCUGCCCCUGAGCCUGGUCCUCAGCAGGAUCCGGGUUUGUCUGGACUGUGACCGGGGGCAGGUGACAUUUAUCGAUGCUGGUGACGAGGCCCCGAUCUUCAUUUUCCCGCUGGGCUCCCUCCCCGGGGAGAGAAUCCGACCCUGGCUCUGCGUGGGGGUGGGAUCCCGGAUCACACUGUGUCCCUGAGACAUGGGGGGAAACAGCCCUCUGGGAAUGGAAAAAUGGUUUUCUCUAGCCAAGUAAUCCUAGCCCCUAUUGCCUGGAGGAUGCCUGUCUACCCAACCUCUGGCCUCUUAGCUCUAUGACCCCUGGAAUCUCCUCCCCCCCUCCCUCUCUGCAGCACCAGGUAUGGGAGGAGAAAAGGGGCCAUAGGAGCAGAUGUGGGGGCUGCGGGGUCACAACUA